AUGCAGAGUCUGGGAUCGGAUAUUGAGGAGCUUUAUGAUGCAGUUGGAUUGAGGGCUGUCUAUCGUGAGGAUGGUGGGGUUGGCCCUUGGUUGGGCGCCCUAAUUGGUAAUUGCGAAAUGGACGAGAUCGAGAAGCAAAGGAAAGAAAAUAGUGCUCGCCGAAUAUUAGAACAAGGUCGGGAGGUGUGGCAAGGUAUCGGUGAACUGGAGCGAAGGGAGCACCUGGACUGGAUCGGGGAAAUCUCUACAGCUUAUGAGUACGAGGCAGCUACGCACGAGAGAUACCCAGACACUUGCACCUGGUUCAAAUCUAACGAGUUAUUCCUUGACUGGUUUUCUCAAUAUGAUGAUGAUGACUCCAUGGCUAUGUCUCGUUUUCUUUGGUUGCGUGGUGGGCCUGGGACAGGCAAGACAGUUCUUUCGGCGAGCAUUAUAAACUAUUUAGAGACAAACUCUAUCUAUCCCACUGCAUAUCUCUUCUGUACGCAUGCGGAUAUUCGUAAACGUCAAACAUCAUCUAUCGUACAGUCAUUGAUACACCAAUUGGCUACCCGAUGUGAGGCGGCCUUCGAGGCUAGCUAUAAGUUCCAGUCUAAGGCUACACGCGCAGGGCUACCGGUAGAGCUAGUUAGUUGGGAACUCUUUGCUAAGGUUCUUGAGGCCGGUGGAACUUGUGAUCUUGUCAUUGACGGGCUUGAUAAGUGCCUUGAUAACGAUCUCACAGGCCGACCGAAACGAAAUUGGGAUUCCUCCGCCCUCGGUCGCCCUUCCAAGCGUCAUGAUCUGGGGUCCAGUACCCACAUAAUUUCGGAGUAUGAUAUAACUACAUUGGAUAUAGCUGAAGAUAUCAAAAAGGUCGCAGAGGCUCUUACUUCAGCAAGGAUUAGCGAUAUAAAUCGUCAACGGAUGGUGGCCGAAAGGCUAGAGAGAGAUUGCAAUGGGAUGUUUUCUCGUUUGAAGCUGGACGCCGCACGUCUAUCGCCUGAUGCGAACCAAGCUUAUCAAGAGUGUAUCGUAAACACAUUUUUCCCGGAUCCACACGCAGUAUACGACAAGAACUUGGAUGGCGGCGCAGCAUUAAAAAGGAAUAACCAGAGAAGGGCACCCCGCGUCCUGAGAUGGGUCAUAUUUGUAUUUCGAACACUCUCUGUGGUGGAAUUACUUCAUGGUCUUGAAAUGCACAACUGUCGCCGGUCCAAGGACUUUCUUUGGGUAAACCUCUCCAAUCUCGCCGAAAAUAUGUUUGCACUUGAUCGUUUAACUCCUUCCGCUACUACUUUGAAAGUACGAAGCACAACAAGUUAUGGAUCUACAGCGGGCUGGGCCCUGAAUCUCGACGACCUUUCGGCGAAAGAGUUUCUUGCCAGGGGUCAGGACGAGUUGGAUUUUCCUUAUAUGGGAGAGGAUAUUCCUCUUAAUCGAUCAGGAGAUCAUGGCAUUCUUCACAGAUGUUGCUUUGAAUAUCUGUUUAUCCUCUUGGUGAAAGAACCUUCCGAGCGGUUUAUGCGCUAUUGCGUGGAGCACUGGUUAGAUCACUUUAAUCAAACUACUAGUGAAAGCAGGUCCGCAUGUGUACAUCUACAGCGCACACUCCUUAUACCUGGACCAGAAUUCCACACGUUUGUCCCGAGGACAUACGCAAUUCCGUUAAAGUCGAAGGAAUGUGGGUGGACGCUUCCAGAUGCUGAUGAAAUCACACCACUUGACGUAGCCUGCCGAUUUGGACUACUGGAAAUCUCCAUGGAAUUGUUAGAAAAGUGCCCAACAGUUCCGCCCCGUAUCUUGAAAAUGGCCGCCUUUUAUGGUAAUGAAGACGCCCUGCGACUCCUCUUGGACAGAGAAGAUGUUUCUGCGAACAUGUGCAGCGAUCGUGAAAUUGCAUCACCAUUAUAUAUUGCAGCUUAUAACGGUCACCAUCUGAUUGUUGAAUCACUCCUUCGUAGGGAGGAGGCUGAUGUAAAUAGGUGUUGGAGCCAUGGUAGCACACCGUUAUAUAUUGCGUCUGAACGCGGUGAUGACAAGGUAGUUGAACUGCUACUUCAAAGCCCUGACAUACUUGUAAAUCAACCGCGCGAUACCGACUUCAGCACCCCCUUGCAUGCGGCAGUGGGAUGGGGGAGAGGUUAA